AUGCCAUACAAUAACUCUUCUAACCGGAACAACAAUAGUUCGUUGUAUAACUCAAGGUAUAACGGCUCUAGGUCAAGCAAUCAUUCAAGAUAUGAUAACGGAGGUGGUGGAAACAGAAACCAUUCAGAUUGGGACAAUUCUUCCUAUCAUAAUAGGAGGAAUGAACAUGAUUUUUAUGGAGGGUACUGGCAGAAAAAGUAUGACAAUAGAUAUGGAAACUAUCAGUAUCAGAGAGAUUCUGGGAAUCAAUACUCUUAUCCACCACGAAACGACGGCUAUAGAUCCUCGAAUAACUCAGUGGGCUCUUCGAGAUAUGCUUAUGACGAUAAGGGAAGUGAAAGGUAUGACGAUUAUUCUAAAAGAAGGGAAAGAGAAAAAGAAAGAGAAAGUAACAUCUCCGAACCUGCCUCAAGCAAAAAAUUCGGGGCACCUUCGGUUGAGAAGGUGACUGAAGGUAGACAUUCAGAGUCAAGAGGAGGUUUCGUGCCGAAAAUGAGGAAUGAUUCAGAAAAGUCGGAGCCAGAAUCGAUACCGAUGCAACACAUCGGAAAGGAGAAUAGUGAAGAAAGAAUACAUGUUCACAAGGAAGCUGGUGACCUGAACGAAGAUGGUAAUGAAAGAUUUACGAAAGAGAAGAACAAAGAAAUGGAAGGAAUUGAGAAAAGGAGAGGAACCGCGGACGAAGAUGAGAAGAUAGUAAAGAGUCCCAAACAAGAUUUUAAUGAAGGUGACACAGAAAAGGGGAAGAUUAAGGAAUACAAUUAUAAGGAAGAAGAUGAAGUGAAUGGAGAACACCAACGGAAUAUUGACAACAAAGAGGAUCGAGAUACAAAACCUGGCAUACGAAAUGAGGCGACUACUCAAGAUGCUAAUGAUAAUUCAAAUAUUGAUCUUGCCAGUAAUCUGACUAAUAAUAAAUUAGACUCUUCGAAUGAUAGAAGAUCUUCUUCUAACGAACCAAAUGACACCUGGAGUGGCAACGAGAAAGAAGAACUGGAAAACCUUUCCGAGGCCGAAACGGACAUAGCAGACUCGCCUCCUAGGAUUAAAAGAGGGAAGAAACUUGUAAGGAAAAAAAGUAGAGACCAUGUCUCUAAAACAAUUGAUAGCAUGAGUGAUGGGUCUGCAGAGCCGGAAAAUUUACCUAGUCUGGAUCAAAGAAAGAUAACAAGGAAACCAUAUAGAUUGAAAAGAGAUUCCAGCGGCCGCUCUCUAUUGCAGAGGGCUUGCGAAAAGGGUAAUCUAAAGGAGAUAAGAAGUUACAUUGAAAGAGGUGCAGACGUAAAUGAACAUGAUUUCUGUGGGUUCACCUGCCUUCAUGAGGCUGCUCUUCAAGGACAUACUGACGUUGUGCGACUACUUAUUAAAUAUGGUGCAAAUGUCAAUGCUCAAGCAGAUGAAGCUGGUGAUUUGGAAACACCUCUCAUUGAUGCAUCUGAAAACAAGCACUUAGAAACGGUUAAACUAUUGCUUGAAAAUGGAGCUAAUCCGAACAUUUUUAAUCUAGAUGGGCUUACUGCCUUGACAAAGAUUUACAAUGUUCAUGGAGAUGAAGAAGGCUACGAAAAAAUAGUGGAAGUGCUAGAAAGUGCCAAAAUGAGCUACAGCUCAAUUAAAAGUGAACAAGACUCUUAUGCAAUUACCAAGUGCGAUGAAGUUUUAACACAUAAAAAGAUUGUCGAAGAUCCUAAUGAUAGCUAUUUUAACGAUUUGCUCAAAAAAAAAGGUAUUUUCAAGUUUGCAGCAGAAGGUUCGAAAGAGUUAACAGCAAACUAUUUUGUUUCAGGAAAUAGCUUGGACUCUAAGCCUGACAUAUUGUUCCUAGCUGCCAGAAAUGGUCAUGCUGAACUUGUUGAUAUCAUAUUGGGAUUAAAUCCAAAUUCUUUCGACAUAGAUAAUGAAAAUGCUUGUGGAGUCACAGCAUUACUAGCUUCAGUUGGAAGGGGUCAUUUACAGGUCGUUGAGUCACUAUUAUUAAAAGGGGCUGACCCACUCAAAUUCCGGAGACAAGAUCAUUUGAACGCGUUGGAAAUUGCUCAGUGCUCUGUACAUUUUGACCCUGAGGAAAUACGCCUAAUUAAAAGAUACAUUGAGAAAAGGAAUUCAAAAUCUGUCGGUCAUGAAGAUAAUAAAAUUAAGGUAAGAGAUUUCAGUCCGAAUGAUACUUCAAAGACAAAAGAGUAUCCGGAACAAAUGAAACAAAAUAUAGAGGCUUUAUCUUCUACGGAACCUCAUCCAAUAAUUGAAAAUGAGAACGCAAGUUCAUCACCAUCUAAGAGAGUGUCCGAUGAUCAUGAUUUGAAAGGUAGGGGAGCAAAGAAAUUCAAGCCCGAAAAGCUGUCCCAAGUGCCUAUAGAUGAGCAAGCUUCGACUUCCACUCUUCCUAGUUUAUCUGAUCGUCAACAAGUAACAAGUCCUGAUAAUUCCAAAUCCAGGAACUCAAACCUGAUUUCUCCUUCACCAUCAUCAGUUUUGAACCAGAAGAUUGCGGAGGAGCUCAAAACUAAGAAUGUGGAAGAUGCUAGAGUGUGGCAGGAAAAAGUUGAGGCGAAAAAGAAGGCGAGAAUAGACAUGUUUUUGAAAUUGGAAAAAGAAAAGGAAAAAAAGAGGAAAGAGGAAGAAAAGAAAAAAAUUGAAGAGGACAGGAAGCUCGAGUUGGUCAAGGAAGAGGAAAAGAGAAGGCUUGCAGCGGAAGCGAGGGAGAAAGAAAAGGAGCUUAAUGAAAAAAAGAAAAUAUUACAAUAUGAUAUGAUCCUUCAUGAGUAUCCAAUUGGUCUCAAGUAUGCCAAAUUUGGAGAGUCAUUGACACCAAACGAAAUCGUUCAUUAUGCUCCUUUAUAUUUGUUUGACUUGAACGAAUCCACUUACGUCGUGGACCUACAGGUUGCUCUUCUAACUGGCUCGUUUAUUUCUUCGUUUGCAUCGAAAAUCUCUCGUUCUAACAAAGUUGAAUUAAACUCAGAUCAAAAGUCAAAAAUUUGGGGUCUUUUCUUUCCUUUUAUCGGAAUCGGUCCAUCAGAUAACCUAGCUGCUUUGCUGAAAGAUGGUUACUCUAAAUUCCAAAACCUUUCUUUACAUUUCAUUAAAUUCGACGAAAUUUCACAUUUGGUAAUGCAAGAUUAUCCUUUAGCAUUCAAAGAAAUUUGGGAUAAUAAGAAGAUGGUUUCAGUGGACUUGGAAUGCCUUCAAACACCCGAGAUUGAGAUAUCUAAAGAAGCGGAUAAUGCCACUGAAGCAAAUGUAAACGCUAAGUUGCUCGAGGAACGAUGGUUCCUUCCUCCUUAUUUGAGAAAUAGGAAGGACUCUCUCAAGACUAUAUAUUCAGCAUCUUCGCCUUUAUGGUAA